AUGACCAGCAUUGACAAUAAAGCAGGAAAAUUGUUGAAACAGGUGAGCAAGCUGGCGUCUCUAUAUAUAGCACAGUCUCGUAUAACCAGCGUUGACAAUCAAGCAGAGAAUCUCACUAAUUUCUUGGUGAACAGAUGGAGAAGUCUGGGUGAUUCUGGACAUUCUGCUGAAGACAUUCAAUCUCUGGAUGAAGGCAAAUCAGGAGAAGACGGUGAGGAGGAAAGCAAUAAUAAAUACAGAAAAGGAAAGACAAUGCACUGUACUCAGGAGAUCAGGCACUUUCUAAGAAGAGUUCACUUCCAAGAUCCCACGGGAGAAGAUAUCUAUUUUAAUAAGAAAGGAGAAAUGACCGCUUUCUACUACAUUAACAGUUAUGCAGUUUUACCUUAUAGAAACUAUUGGUUCAAGAAAGUGGCAUCUUUUAAUGCUUCAUCUACAGAAGAAAAGCAGCUUGUUUUCAACAACUUUUCCAUAUUUUGGAAACAUUGUCAGGUUCCGGUGUCUGUAUGUUCUUCAGAUUGUCUUUCAGGAUACAGAAGAGUUUUGAAGAAAGGGAACCAUCAGUGCUGCUUUGAAUGUGUACGGUGCGCCGAGGGAGAAAUAUCCAAUGACACAGACAAAACAUUAUGCAUGAAGUGCCCAGAAGACCACUGGCCAAAUUAUAAGUACCAGUGUGUGCCAAAACCAGUUGAAUUUCUGUCCUACGUGGAUGACCGCGCAGCUCUUACUGUCUGCAUUAUUUCUACGUUAUGUUUUCUUAAAACUUUGAUUAUCUUGGUCAUCUUUAUUUUAUUCCGGGACACUGCAAUCAUCAAAGCUAAUAAUCAAAAGUUCAGUUUUCUACUCUUGGUCUCCAUCAUGCUGAGUUUCCUCUGUGUACUGCUGUUUCUGGGACGUCCCGUACAUAUAACAUGCAUGCUUCGGCAGACCUCCUUUGGGAUCAUCUUCUCAGUAGCCAUCUCCUCCAUCCUGGCCAAGACUAUAAUGGUCUACUUGGCUUUCACAGCCACCAAACCUGGAAGCUCCUGGAAGAAAUUUAUUAGAGUGAAAAUUACCAACUGUGUGGUCUUUAUUUGUUCAUUUAUCCAAGUUCUAAUCAGUAUCAUUUGGCUAUGUAUAUCACCUCCAUUUCCAGAAAGAAACAGUUACACAUAUCUUGAUAAAAUUAUUAUACAAUGUAAUGAAGGCUCAAUAUUGGCAUUUUCCAUACUCCUGGGUUACAUGGGUCUUCUUGCAGCUGUGACUUUCAUUGCAGCUUUUCUGGCCAGAAUUUUACCAGAUAGUUUCAAUGAAGCCAAAUACAUCACUUUCAGCAUGCUGGUGUUCUGCAGUGUCUGGGUGACUUUUAUCCCGGCGUAUAUGAGUGUCACUGGGAAAAGCACAGUGCUUGUAGAGAUAUUUGCUAUAAUAUCUUCAAGUAUUGGAAUAUUGGGAUGUAUAUUUACUCCCAAAUGCUACAUCAUAUUGGUGAGGCCGGAUUUAAAUUCAAAAAGUAAUUUACUAAGAAAACAAAUAUUGCAGACAUUCAGUUAA